AUGGGAUCGCAGACGUUAGAAAUUCUAAGGCAGGGAGUUUGGGCCUCACUCACUGGCGGUUGGUUCUUUGACCCUCAUCAAGAAAUAUUCACUAACACUUUUCAUUUUUAUCUAUGGAUGUUGUUACUUUGCCUACCGUUUUCUCUUUAUCUGGUGAGAUAAAUCAUUUCUAUAGAAAUUCUUUUUUUUUAACACUCCUUAUUUUUUUUCAAAAACAAGUUAAGAAAUGAACGAUAGAGAUAUCAAAAGUUGACGAAAACUCCGAUACUGUAGAUUUCUGCAGGUUUCUGCAGAUUUCUAGCUCAAAGUUUAUCGAUUGUUUCUUCAUAUAGAUUAUUUUGUUGCGAUUUUGAUAAAGGUUUUCUUUCGUUAUUGCAGGGCACAGCACCUUCGAUUUUGGUCUGGAUUCUGUAUUCCAUCGUUAUUGCAGUCAUUUUCUUGGCGAUAAAAUGUCUGAAUUACCGACUACACUUGAUGUUCGAUGGGGAGGAAAUACGCACAGAAAGUGAACAACAGGAAGAAGUACGAAGUGGAGAAUCGGGAGGCGACAGAGACGAGAAUUCAAGAGCGGAGGUUAGAAGCAGCACUGUGGAACAUGGAGGGGAAGUUAUUGAACUGGAGGUGAUAAACCGUUGUUCGGAGGAAGUUGCCAACGAACCCGGGGCCGAAAAUGUAGCGCAGUCGACAAGUUGUCCUUCAGGCUUACCUCCACAGCUACCUCCUUCUUCUACUUCUCUGCUUCUAAACGCAUCGUCAGUCGCAACUGCUACAAAACCUCACCAGGUCCAACUCAUAUGCUUGUUAACUAUAAUAUUUACCAGAUCUUUUCAUAACAACUCCUGAAAGCCAUUUCAUUUUUUUGUGCACACAGCCACAAGCAAUUUUCUGUGUGGUGUUUGUGAAAUAUUCUUUACCUGGUAAAUUAAUCAUGUUCACACAUUUCAAGAUAGAAAAAACAACCGCUUAUCUUUUUAUUUUUUUUAAGGCUAAUGUAUUUUUUUUGCCUCUCUGCUUGCAUCUUUUGUAAUGUAAUCAGCCUCCACUAGAACAUGACAGCUUAUCAGCUAUCAAGGUUUAUUGAACCCCACUCUCUUCUUUAAGAGGACUUUGCUUCACUUACAAAUUUUGAGUCCAUCCUCAGACUAUUUUUUGACUAGUAACUUUAAACCUUACCUGGAAAGCAAGAGGAAGGAAAAGAGAAAAAGACCAAAAUGGAACACACAAAAAAACAAAAAACACUAACAGCAACAAAAAUAAUUCAACUUCAUCAUGUGGGUUACUAGCCCCUUACAUGCAUUCCCUUCUUCACUUGUGAGUCUAAUCUCUCUGUGUGGAAUGAUUUACUUCAUUAUGUAUGACUUUAAUCAUCAAAUGUCGGAACUUGGUAAUUGCCUUCUUUGAUAUUCAUGACUGCUCUUGAAAGGGAUCUUAUUGUGCACAUCCAUAAUUUGCAGUACUUGCCAAAUGUUGGAACAGCUACUGAUGAUAAUUUAUGGUGGGAGCCCCUCUAAAACCAUUUCUCGAAGCAGCAUGUACUUUUUGUAAAACAUGAUUGAGGGAAUUCUUACACUCUGCAUUAUUUGUGUUAUCUUAGACAGCCUUGUUAUCCUUAUCUCUUUUCUCUUGCCUUGUGGAAGCCAGAGCCAUUUAUUAUGCCUCCAGUGUACAUGUACCUAGUUAUUUUCAUGAUCUGAUGUGUAAUUCUCCCUUCCUUCCUCCCUCUUUGCAAUGUAUUUUGUUGCAAAGUAAUUAAGAGAAUUUGGUGUUUUAUCAAGUCACUGGUAACACCUUCAAACUUUUAGGUGUGUCUAUGCUCAUGACAUGUUUGCCUCUGGGAGUUAAAAUUGUAGAAAACAAAGUAAAGAAAAAUUGUUGAACAGGUGACCAUGGCUUAUUGAGUUUUGAACGAAGUUUCCUGAGUUCACAUUGUGCUAAGUUUAUUGUGCCUUCAUGAUACCAGAUAGUACAUUUUGUGUGGGUGGUGCAAACUGAAAAUGCUGGGGUGUUACAAUCUCAAUUUUCCACAGGAAACUAAGAGUUUGAUUGGGAAAUGGUUUUUUAAAGAACAAAGCAGGAAAAUGGGGUUUUAAGUCCAUGUUAAAUGAGAAAAUGCAAAAUGCCUUUCUAUGCCACCUAUCUACUGAAUUGCAGUAGAAAAGUUUGUCCAGGUAAUAGGAUCAUUGUCCCAACUGGUGACUGUUUUACUCUGCACACAAACCUCAAAAUUAGUCUCAAAAUUCUUAAAUUUAUAGUAAGCCAUUGAAAACACUAAGUCAUGAAGGGUUAUGGAAAUUCCCUGAAUUUUGUAUGCUUGAGUGAGUACAAACCUCUGUGUGUUUUAUAAAUGUGAAAUGAACUAACACCUGAAUGUUAUUUUGCUCGAACAGAAUGAUCCUGAUGAAGUUGAUGAUAAACAAGAACAAAUGCAGAGAUUGGUUGAACAGGAGAGGGACCACUGGGAAAGUGAAACAUCUCUGAAUGGUGGUGAAACCAGUGAGAUUGCUGUAUUUCAACCUCCUUCUUUAAAAUCAAGAAUUAGGUCUCCACCUCUUGCUUCUCAAGUGAGCAUUGCUUCUGUUCCGUGGUAUUUAAUGAUUUGUUUAAGUUAACUGUUAAUUGUUGAAUAAUCCACUAUUCAACAAUAUUCAUUAUGCCUGUGGCAAACAGUUGUUUUGGUACAAUUGUUCAGGUAAUUAUCAGACCAAAAAGGUAAAUUUUAUUUCAUUCAUUGAUGUCCAACUUCUCACAGAAAAACUGAUUAAGAAGAGAUACUUUGUAGUCCUACUUUCUAUGCUUGUUUGCAAGAAAGACUAGUGUCAAAUAGACUUAAAUGUCUAACAAGAAGCCAAUUGUGGCUUGUUUAAUUGCAAUAGUGUACUUCAUUUGAGUGAAACUAUAGCAAGGUAUGAUACAAUCAUUGACCAGUCAGAACACUUGCAUCUCUAUUAUUAUCUAAACAACUAUACUACAGAGAGAUAAGGGAAUUAAGAAAGGUGUUCAAAAGGAAACCUCAUGCGAAAUACGUGUACAAACUUCGUGUACACUGCACAGAGACACUAUUUGAACAUUGACUGACUGUCCUUUAUGGCACAAAACCUCUUAUUCUUUUGUGUAUAUCUCUGAAAAAAGGCAACACUACGGCUAGGCCAUGCCUAGAUUACAAUUGCUCUGGCAUUUGUAAUUUCAGAGGUAAAACCAAAGCAAUUAAAUAAACUAAUCUUCCACAUGAAUUAAGGGGGUAAGUUCCUAAAGAAACUGUGGUGCUGCAUGGGUGGGAGAGUAAAGCAGGUAAUUUAGUGUUAACAACUGAGUAGAAAAUGUAAAGAGCCUCUGUAAAGAGUAAAAAAGCUGAUGUUUUGAGCAUUAGCCCUUUGUCAGUGUGAGUGGAAGAAUUGUGGGUUGUCUGUGGGUUUAUGUGGAGCUAUGCUAUUGGUGGCAGUAUGGUGACGAGAAAACAAAAAUAAAUUAGUUGAAUGAAAGGCACUAGUUGACACUGUAGGGAUUAAGAGUGUUGAUUUGGAAGAUAAAUUUUUGUUCUAGUGUUUUGUGACUUUCAGAACUGCCUAGAUAUAAGGAAAGGCUGCAGAAUGCCAUAUGUUGAAUGCUUCCUUGUCAUUUCUUUCCACGUCAUGAAGGUGUUCUCAGAAUCGGUCACCUAGUUGUCUUCCUCUUUCACCAAUGUAUAACUUAUUGCAAUAAGUGUAAGUUAUGCCGUAAAUGACAUUGGCAGAGGUAAACGUAAAGUGAUCAGUGAUCUUUAUGGAUCUCUUGUUAAACCAGUCACUAGACACUUGAAUCUCCCUAAUCCUUCUAAACAACAUAUGGCAGUUUGUGGCACAUGAAUUGUCUUUUAUGGUAGCUUGCCCAAGGCUCUGAGGAGCUUGUCUAAAAUUACUUAACAUUUAAACUGACAUUUUCUGCAUCUAGAAAAUCUGUUGCAUGUGCAGCAGAAUUCCAGCUUAAAAGAUCUGGAUUCAGGAAGGGUAGAAAGUUAAUAACAAUUUGAUUUUAAAGUCAGACUUUAGCUUUAUUGUAUGCUGUAAUUUUUUUUUUUUUAUUUCAGUGAAGUGGUGAAAAAUCUUAACAUAAUCACUUGUGAGCCUUUUGUAUGCAUUUCUUUCCAUACAAAAUAUUAUAAUUAUUAUGGAAUUAAAAAAAAUAAGGAAAAUACUGUUUGCCGGCUAUGCAUAGUUAAACAUUUCCUUUUUUUUCAUGAUUGUUCAUAUUGUUUACUUGAUUUUUUCAAUAGGGAAGUGAAGAACAAGGAAUAAAUAAAGUAGAAUGUUAUGGUACGUAUAUCACAGGAAAAUUAAGUAUAAAUUAUUUGGAACAUUUUUGCCAAAUUCAGCUGUGAUUCUGUUAACCCAGCCUGUAAGAGUGACUAGGAACAAAUGUCUCCUCACCAUACCUGCCCAGAAUUACACAUUGAGUUUACUAGAAUUAAGGAAAUGAUCACAAACUAAAGAAGCUCUUGAUUGUUAAACAAAUUCUCCUUAACAGCACCUCAGGAAUUGAAUAGAGAUCAGUAUUGAGAAAAUGUAUACUGAUGUUAGGGUAUUAAGGGUUAAACUACUGGGACAUUAAGCUUGAUCAGCUGAAUUACUUGAAAUAAAGUUUGAGGGCCAUCAAGCAACAAACUGUGAAAUGCAAUACAUUUUGAUGUAUACUUUAUUAUAAUUAGACUCUUUACAAAUUGAAAUUAUGUAUUGAACUGUCAUGGAAGGGAACUUGAAAGCAGUAAAAUUGUAGAGCUUUUUCUUUUAGACACUGACAUUUCGUUCAUUCACUCCACAUGAUUCAAAGUGCUUGUUUCAAUAAAUUAUGAAACAUUUGGAUUUCUGUGCUUAAGGAAAUGAUAGUUUGUAACAUGUAACAGAAUGCUACAUGAUUAAGAAAAGCUCAACCAUGAAUUGUACUUUUCCACAGAUUUAGAUGAUGGUGGUGAAGAUGGAGACACAGUUGUUGUUUCUUGUCGGAAUAGCAGAAUCAAGGAGAGAGAGGUACAAUUAUAAUAUUGUAAUAGUUUAUUUUAAUAACUAAUCCUUUCAGAUUGUUAAAUGCGUAAUGAUACUCUUGUUUUAUUACAAACAAGGUUAGUGAAGAAGGCUAGCUGUUUGCACCAGUUUAUUCAUAACACAUUCUCUCGGUACUAAAUCUAAUGUGUCUUAGUUAUAAAAAUUAUUUCAUUUAGUUGAACCUGUGAACUGAUCAUGGCCUGCAGUCUCCUUAAGCCAAAUAUGCCUUUUGAGAACAUGCACAGUAAGAAUUGUGCACUUAUAGAAACCUCCACCUUUUUUUAAAAAAAGUUUCUCUGCUGCUCUAUUCACUGUUAUUUCUUUUUCUCUGUUAAAGUCAUUCUGGUGAGUUUUUACAUUUUAAGCCAAUAUCACAAACCUUGUAAACUAUUCAGUGACAUAAAACUGUUGCUCCAAAUUUGGAUUUGAUUAGCUUAAGGAGACAAUUGUUUAUAAACUGCAUUGAGUUAUUGCUCUGUAAUUGAUGAUUUAUCUAAAACAUGUAUGACUGGUAAUUAUUGGUUCUCCAUAGAUAAGCUUUGCUGAUGAAUUAGAGAAAACAGACAGAUUAGAAAACAGUAUUAGACAGAGGUAAGUCAAGGAGCAACAUACAUAAAUUACUGUACCACUAGCAUGUGCAGCAGCAUGACUCUCACAUUUCAGUUUGUAAUGUUUUGUUCAUGAACCAGGUCCAUGCACUUUUGGUGUGUGUGUUUGUGUGUGUUUAGCUAAUAAUACUCAUUUUCCCUUAAAGAUUCACUUUCUAGGCUUCCACUUGGAAUGCUUUUUAGUUAUUUUCAGUUGUGAUCUGUUACACCAGUAUGGUCCAUUUUGUACAGCUAAUGGUUCUAGAGUAUAUUUUGUUUUCUUCUUAGUCCAAGUGGUCAGAUAGAUUCUUGUGAGACAAUCCCUGAACAUGCCAAUGGUAAGAACUUAACUGUGUGACUAUUUCAUUUCUUCCAAGGAAUAGGUUUUUUUGUUUUUUUGUGGUACCAUUUUCCAGAGUUUGGAAAUACAGCUUGAGAGGCUCAGUUUAAAUGAGAUGUCUACUGAGAAGCUCUGUGGCAAUGAGUCUUUAUAAGAAAGGUGUUUAAAAAUGAUGUACCUAGUUGCUUGCGGAGGAGAUGUUUAUGUAGAGUUGUCUGUCUGGAAGAGGUGGCUAUCUAGCCGAGGUGUCUUUCAAGUAGAUGUGUUGUUACAAGAGAGGUGUUUGCUUAUAUGAGGUGUCUGCCUCAAAAGGGCAAGGUUUCCACUCAGGCAUGUUUUGGUUCAGGCACAGUUUCAGCCAUGGAAGAGAUCCCAUCUCUGGAGAUGUUUUUACUAAUAACCAGAUAAUAAAAAAGAUGAGUUGUAUGUGGCUAAGAUGCUGAAUUUGCAUCCAGUUCCUGAAAGUUUCUGUCUACAUUGAGUUCUGUCAGCAAAUGAUUGACUGUAUUUGAUUGACUCACCCUACAUUACUAAAAAAGAGAAAAGACAAUUUCUCCUCAAGUAUUCCAAAACAAUAUUUGUAGGGUGUUAUGUUAAUUUUACAAGUCAAAAAAUUCUCAUCAGUAUCAAUCUGUUGUGAUUGUUGCACAUAAUCCUGUAAAUGUAUAAUGAUAAUUACGCUAACUGCUUUUAUUUUUUAGACUACGAGUCCACUAUGGAAACUGAUGAUACCUUGGAGGGAGCGGUGGGUGGGGAGAGUGAACAUCACACAAGUCAAGAGCAGACAGACUUGGAAUCAGACAGCAAAGGUAACAUAUUUAAUUUGAUUCGGGGGUUUCCACAGAAUUUUUGUCUGGUUUCUCUAAUUUGUACUCUUUAGUGAGAUGUACACUGCAAGAGCUAUGUGUGUAGAUGUCUUGUCACGAAACCAAAUACAGGAAUUUUCAACUCUUCUGAGGGUGUGAACCUGUACCUUUUGAUUCAGUGCUCAGUAUGUUAACCAUUACAAGAUUUGCAUCAAUCUGCUGUAUCAUCAGGCAAAACAAUGAUUCACCUAUAGUGCAGUGAACCAUGGGGAAAUUGUUAAUCCUGCCGAUGAGAUUUUGUCCCCUUAAACACAUCUUUUAACUCCAGACACCAACUCAGUGACAGAAAUGAUAAUGUAUGUUAUAUAUUUUUAGAUACCCUAAGUGACCUUUCCACACUCCCCUUACCUAUCUUGGACAGCCACAUGGAGUCACGAUCUGUUCCUGGUCUAGUUGUGUCAGACAUAUGGAAAUCCACUGAAGAAGCCAAUCGUGGCCUUCUUUUGCAAACCAAAAGUGAGGGCUCUAAUGUCAAUGGUGCAAAUAGUCCAAGGAACAUAUAUCAGGCCCUUGUGUCAGUCCUAGAAGGCCACAGCUCUCCCAGACAGCAGGCAAGUUCAGGGGACAUAAAUGUUGGGGCAUCAUUUGGGUCCAGACUUGGUACCCAAUCAGGAAUUGAAAGUAGGUCUGGAUCAGAGUACGAAGGUGCAAGUCUAUCUCGCCAUGAAUCACAAAGUGAUAAAUCUGUAGGCCCAAGAAUGAGGUCAAUAUCAGACAUUGUACGAGAAACAGAAGAGGCUGGAGAAAGAGAAGAUGACAGGCGGGUGGGAGCAUCUCCUUCAAAUUUGGACACUUUGUCAUUGCAAGACUCUGGAAGAUUUCAUAAUCCUUCAACAAGCUCACAACCGGAAUCAAUAGAUAGUGUUAGUGUUGUUACGAUGAACAAAGACACUGCUUCCACUGUUGCACAGACAGGAAGCAUAGGGGAACCUGAAGGAUCAGGAAGAGAAAGCUCAGACCUCAUAUUAGCAAGGCGCUCCUCCUCUUUAGCUCGCAGAAGGAGAACAAGCUUACAGAGAAGGAGGAGAGCUGAAACAGGUGGUAUUAGACGUCGUAGACACAAUGAAUCUGGAGUGCUGGCUGAUAUGCUUCUUCAAGCCGUUGACAGUGGUGGUGGUGGUGGGGGUAGUGCUUCAACUCAUGUAGCAUCUUCACAUGAUGAUACCUCACCAGGAGCUAUGCAUUGCUUUCAGGAUGAGUUUGGUAUGCGUUUUUUUUUUGUCAUGAAAAUGAAUUUUUUGUGGGUUUUUCUUCCAAUUGUGUCAAUUCCUCUGAUUCGGUUUGGAUCUGAGAGAUAUUCCCUCUAUCAGAUUUACACUGUACCUGCAGUACCUUGUAAUAUUUUGAUCCAUGAACCAAUUAAGGCUGAGAAAAAAACAAAUCAACACUCCUUAAAGAUGGAGUAGUAGCAGUAGUAGUAGUAAUAGAUUUUGAUUUUUUUUUUCUUGGAUAUAGACACUGUUUACAGUGUUUAACUACUUGUCUGUUGCAUCUCAUUAUAGCUCUGACUUGGUAGUAUUUGUUCAUACAAACAUUGAAAAUGUAUCUGCACACAAUAUUUGUCAAAGAUAUUUUUACGUCAUUCACCAGUGAUCAAAGGCAAUAAGUGCACAGUGAUUGUAACCAAUGUCUUUUGUUCUGUAGGUGUAUGGCAGACCUAUAUAUUCAAUUCUGAUUCACCUUACAGUGCUGUGCUACAACCCACUACUCAGUCUCCUUUGCGAAUCAGGGACUUAGUUGGUAGAGACACCUGGUAUGAUAAAAGAUUCAUCGUUUUAUUGUGAAGCAUAUGGGAAUUUCCAUGCCCCUACUCUUACAGACAUUAGUAGAAAUGUGUGAAUGAAGGAGACUGGAGAUUUUCCUGAAGUUACUAUUGUAGUCUGUUUCGGUCUCCCUAUGAUCAAACCAUUGUAUAGUUAAGGAAAAAGGAUUUUGAAUAUCUAUGAAAUAUAGUUGAAAUGGAGGAGUUGUGGAGUCCUAUUUGCAAUGAACAGGUAACUUGCUUUUUAAGAAACCAAAGAGCUGUGUUAGCUGGCCAGAGAAACAUUUAUCAAGUAUAAGUUAGAUGAUAAAGGAAUAUUGAUCACUGAGGGGAUAUUUGAAAUGACUGUGGUUGAAGUAGUGCCACUUUUGAUGACUGUGUUGUCUUAGUUUGGAAUUCUUCUCUCCCUCUGCCUCACAUAACCAUUAACCACAAAGAUUAAAUGCCUAUAGCCUUGCAUUCUGGAAGAGAAGAAGUUUACAAUGACCAGUAGGCCUUUAUGGCAUUGACUUCCGGUAGUAUUUGUGCUUGCUAUGAAGAAAAAGUCUCAUUUAUGGCAGUACCCAUGGGAUCUUUGUUUUAGUUGUUAAGACUGAAAAUUUUUUUUGUUGCACUCAAGGGAAACAAGUAGCUCUGCAUCAACAGUUGUUGUUGAUCACACCACUUCACCCAGAAAUCCUCAGUCACACUCAUCAUCUGUGCGUCGUGGGUCUUCUCAGACAAGAUGGCAGGAAACCAUCUCAUCAGCUAGCCUUCCUUUCACCCGGCCAACAUCUGUGUCAUCAACAAUAAAACCUAGGCCUCACUAUUUCAAAUUUCAGCUUUUUCCUGGAAAAUUCAUGAAGAUCAAAUUUGAUCGACUUGCUCUCCUUGCUCUAAUGGACAGGUACAAAUUUCCAACCCUACUUCUUACUGAAAUAACCACAAGAUCUCAUCAGUAAUUCUCUUUACUUUCUGCCAUACAAUUCCUGUAAAGUUAGUUCAGAGAAUUUGAUAUUAGAUCAAUAAUAAUCCCCUAAUUUUUUUUCUUUAUUGUCAUCACAUGCCAAUGACUACUUGAUAUUUCAUUGAUAUUGUAAGAGGAAAUUUUUUUCAUGGUCACUCCAAGGAGUUUAAGGGGCUAAACAUUAUGCAUUAUUUUUCUUGAUUCCAUUGUUUCUUAUAGAUAAGCAUUCCAUGUUUUAAUACAAAAUGUACAUUUUUUGGUGUACUUGGCUUGGUUCAAUUUUAAUAUUUCUUUCUUGAACCAAGGAUAAAUUUGAACCAUGUAAUGUAUACAGUAUGUUCACUUUCAACCAAUGAGAAUAUUUUAAUUAUUUCAAGUGGUAGUUGUACUUUUAUCAUUUUCAAUAUUCGUGCUAUUUAUUCUGUUUUUCAUGUUUGACAUUAUCAUAUACAUCCUGAGGGGUUUGAUACUGCCUUCAGUAAAUAUUAGUGAAACAGAUCCAGGUGCUUAUUCUCAGUAUUAUUAAAUCAAAAGAAGUAAUUUUGCUCCAAAGUUUACGUAAGAGGAGAUUUUUAUUUAUUGAUCACCAUUGGUAGUAACACAUGUACCAUUCUAUUUACAGGAACAAAUACAUGAUAGAAGCAGCAGUGUCUGUAUUGUUGGCUGUUCUUGUGGCAGUUCUGGGUUAUUGGCUUCUGUUGGCAGACUUCUUUAGAGACUUCUGGAUUUUUGUGUUUUGUUUUGUGCUGGCUGGAUGCCAAUUUUCUCUUAUUAAGGUUAGAAUACUGUUACAGUCAAUAUGGUGGGUCAUGAAUUGUUACUAGUCAAAAUGUUGAAUACAGUAUCAGGAAUUAUCAAAAAUGAACUCAUGAAGCAUGUUAAUUGUAAAAUUGCAUGGGAUGAACAGUUCUGUCAUGCACUUUACCUUCCUUAGCUCUAAGCUCCAAGAAAAAAUUCUGGGACUUUCUAUUACCAAGGGUAAAGUUUGAGGGGAAGGAAAUAUUACUCGAGGGUUGGGAGUUAUUUGGAAUCAGCUGUCAAUUAUAACUAGCAAAUAAUUUACUUAACAUCUCCAAUUUUCCGGUGUACAAUGCUUAUUGUCCACUUUGACAUCAAUGAACAGCAAUGUCUAUACUUGUAAUGUAAGAUGUUUUCUUUGAACAACCAAGGAAGUGGUGUUUGAAUGUAAAACACAAGAGCUGCAAGAGACUGUGUGGCUGUCACAGCAGUUGAUUUGAUGCAUGUGGUUAGUUGAAUAUGUUCUCUUCAAACUUCAAGUGUGUUCAAUGAAAGGUAUUCUUCUGAGUUGUGAAAGCUCAUUGGAUUAAUUAUGGGGUUGACCUGCAAAGAAAACAUAAGAAUUAAACAGAAAAAGUGAAGUUCUCAAAGAAAAUUUAUAUCAGUUUGCCACAUUUGUCCACAGAUGAUAUAUUAGCAACGUAUAAUUAGAUAGAUGUCAGAAAAAAUUAAUAAUAAAAUAAACAUCUAUGUCUUAACCAUUUUUCCAGAGUGUUCAGCCUGAUGCUGCCUCUCCAACACAUGUAAGUACUAUGCCACCUUUUAAGUGUUGUUACCAUGAAUUCUGAUUGAUUUUAGUAUCAGGAGAACAGCAUCUCCCACAUGUUUUAUUCAUGUGGCUGCUUUCAUCAUUUCAACGCAGUAAUUAUCUAAACUAUCUCUGGAAGUGCAUUGUCAUGUUUAUUAUUUUCAUAAUAUACAUUGAAAUUUUCUUAAACUAAAUAGAGCCAUGUUCUUUCCUCAAUUCUAGGGACACAAUCACAUGAUUGUGUUUAGUCGGCCAACAUAUUUCUGUGUUUUAGCAAUAUGUAUUCUUACCUUGGACAAACUGACUCAGUCUGAAGUGGUUACAGUCUCAUUAUAUGGUAUCCCAUUUGCCACUAAUUCCACUCUGACAUACACAAGAGACUUUCUGAUUGGUAGGUAGUGCUAUCAACUUUUGGUAUAUACAUGUACCUCACAACUGAGUGGUAACAUUUAGUCUGAGUUUAGAGGUGAUUAGCAAAGUACUUUGCACCUCCAAGCAGCUUAAGAAAAAUCAACUGUCUUCCAUUUUUUACCAUAGUUGCCAAAGACAAAUUGUUUCAAAUAAAUGACUAUAAGCAGGCACAAUAAAACCCAUUAUGCUCGGGUUACCAAUCAACACAGCAUUUAGCAGGUAAUUUAGUGUUAACAACUGGGUUGAAAACGUAAAUUAGCCACCGUAAAGGGUAAAAAAGCUGACGUUUCGAGCGUUAGCCCUUCGUCGUCGCUCUGACGAAGGGCUAACGCUCGAAACGUCAGCUUUUUUACCCUUUACGGUGGCUAAUUUACGUUUUCAACCCAGUUGUUAACACUAAAUUACCUGCUAUACUCUCCCACCGACGCAGCACCACAGUUUCUUUAGAAACUUACCCCUUUAUUCAUUUAACACAGCAUUUAGUUGACUAUUGAGUCUUACUGAAUUGUGGUUGAGAUCUGUUGGAAAACAAUUCUUAUAAUCUGUUGCAAUCCAUUCAAAACCAUUUGAAUUAUAAUCACCAAGCAAUUGCUUAAGCAAAGGUCAUACAUAAGGUAUUUCAUAGGAAUACCUUACAAACAUACAAAUGUUUGUGAAGAACUUACAGGUACCCAUUUGCGCAGCUGAGUGUAAGGAGGCACUGCCACAGAACAGAACAAAACGGUUCCACCUAACCCUUGGAAAACGUGUCCUUAGAUAGUAUCCUAGGGCAAGGAGAAGCUCUCACAGGGAUUUGAAAAAACUAUGUUUGAGUCAAUUAAAUCUUUGCUUGAUUUGUUUCUCUUUUUUUGCAGGGUUUAUUCUUGGCUUUCCUUUAAUCUUCCUUGUUGGUCUCCUACCCCAAGUCAACACAUUUUUUAUGUACAUACUGGAACAAUUGGAUAUGCAUUUGUUUGGAGGAAAUGGUAAAGAUAAUUUGUUUGUUAAGUCAAUCAAUCAGUCGUCACUGACCACAGUCAGAACCUUUCUUAAGGAGGAAAACAAUUAAAGUAAAGUAUACCUAGAUUACUUUCUGAGAGUAAUGUUAUCUAUCAGUUUUCAAGAAGCCUUGAUGCAACUAAGAAUUGCACAACUGUACUCUAAAACCCACACUGUUAUUAGAAACGAACAGGGAAAAUUUAUGCUUCCUUCGUGCUCUCUAAACUUCCGGCGUGCAUCUAUAACUCGAUGUACGCACGCUAUGAACCAAUUCUUUAAUGUACAUUUUGCACUAGUUGGAACAAAUUCCAUUGAAAAUUUAGUGUGUAAUUCCUCUGACUAUAUCAUUGAAAUGCUUCAAAUUAUUUUAAUUUUUUAGCCAUUACAAGUUUAACGGGAGCACUUUGGAGUCUGUUACGUAAUCUUUUGGCGGUCUGUUUUCUUUAUGGCUUCUGCUAUGGAGCUAUGUUGGUAAGGAAACUAAAAACUUGUGAUAUUUAUCGCCUUAGGACACUGUGUCUUCCAAAUUCACGUGCUUAUGUAGGUAUAAUCUACAAAAGAUAAAGCUGGGAAUUCCCUUCAGACCUGAAAUGGGUAAACAAAACAUCCAAGCCAAGGAGGUCUAUUGAAAGUCAUCAAUCAAAAACAAAAGUAAUCGCAGCACCCAAUCAGAACAAAGGAAACACCACAAGAGGCCACUCAGAAUGCAAAGUAAAUUCACGUGGGAAAGCAAAACCAAGACAAUCCCAAAAACUUUUGCACGCAUAGGAAUAGACCUCCACAUGGUCAAAACUAUAUUAAAUGUAACGUCACAAGUUGUAACAGUGUAAGAGAGGGGAUAAGAGUGAUUGUUAAUAAUAUACCAUACGUUACUAUUGUUUUCUUUCUUCAUAGCACGGUAAAGAAGGCGGCCAACAUAUUCUGUUCUCUGUGUUCAGUGGUGUGCUCGUUGUCAUUUCGUAUCACCUGAGCCGCAGUGCCAGUGAUCCUACAGUUUUGGGGUGAGACCAAAUAGCGAGAGUCUGCAUGGCGGAGUAGUCUAACAUCCCUUUGAACCAAGAGUAUAUGCUCGGCUUACUUUGCCAGAUUUGAAAAAUACUUACGCCUCCUAAAAGAAUUUGCGAGAUCUCUCGAUCAGUUGUGUGUUUGUUCAUUUUCAUUGUUCGGCUACAUACAAUUGUUUUGUUUUUACCAAUUUUUUUUCACCUAAUAUAACGUAUUUCCCCGUUUGUGUCAUAGGGCGGUGUUCAGGAAAGCUUUUGGGAAAGAUGCUGUUAAGGAUAAUGAAGAGGAAUUUGUUGAUCCUUUGCCUGAGAAGCUUAGAGCGACUGUGGUACGUUAGCUAAUUGUCCUCUUAUUAGAGCGCUUUUCGAUUCACCGACGUACCAAAGCCUAAGUUACCACAACAGCCAAUCAGAGGGAAGGGAAAUAACGAGAACCGAUGAGAACUCAAAUUAACAACAUUCAAUCAGCUUCAAGCGCGGGAAAAAGUGGACGCCAAUUCGCGAUUGAUUUAAAGUUACUUAAAAUUACUUUAAUGGACAAUGAUUUCAAACAAUGUCGCGAGCUUGGGACGAAAAUUAUGUCUUCCCUAAGAUUCUUGCCCUAGCCACCUCUCACUUUUCUGUCGGAUGCUGUAACAAAUGAGCAACAGGGACUGAGAACUAUUUAUUGUGGCAGUAGGUAGGAAGGUGGCAUAUGUACCCUGUAUUUGCAAUCUCACCAAUCAGUUCUCUAUUGUUGAGUUACUGAGAGCAACCGAUCGUAAAAUCAUAAGGUUUGAGAUCCGAAUGCUUAAGGGAUAAUCAAACUUUGCCAUUGCUCCACGUUCGAGACAAAUGCUUAAUCAAUCACUUCUCUUAAUUUCAAGACCGAAGUCAAAAUUUGUUGUCUUGUAACUGAGUUUCUUCCUGUUUUUGACAGGCCAAGCGUCUUCAGAACGAUGUCGUUUGUUGUAUCUUCAUCUUGGUGUUUGUAUUUGCUAUUCAUCUGAGCACAGUAUUCACAGCUCUACAGGUAUGGAGUUGAUUUUUAUUGCUUAUUUGACAAUUUAUCCAAGUAUGUGGCUGAAUCUGAUAGGAUUAUUUAAUGCCUUGUAGAGUUCCACAUUCGUAAAUGACUGUGAUUAAGAGAGGUUUUGGGUUGGGUGUCUCUAGGAAGUCAGCUACCGUUACAACAUUUAAGAGUCGCUUUUGUGGUAAUGAAAAGUGCCGCUGAGUAAAAAUGAAUAUUCAAAUGUUUAUUUAGUUGGAUAGAGAAAUAAGUUGAUUCGAUAAUAGACCGAAAAGGGCAAAAAUGGUAAAAGAUAGAGAAGUCAUUUUAACUCAUCAAUCUAGAAGUGUUUAUCUUCUCCUUGCAAUAUCAAUACGAUUUACAGCAAUGACUGUAGGAGAAUACAAAAACCAAUAAACUGAGGGCGCUGUCUUGAAUUAUUACCAAAUUUUUGGAACUAAUGUCCAAAGACUUGUGUAGCAACUAGGGGGGGGGGGGAGAAUUGCGACUCAGAGCUUAAGAAUGCAAGGGUUAGACGGAAUGCAAUCGAACAGGUGAUGAAAACAACACCGAAGUGACCUUGUUUUGACUUAUUGUAUCUUUGCCUGUUGCUUUCGAUAGCCAUAUGUCAGCUAUGUGUUGUACGCUGUAGCCGGAUUACUGGGCGUCGUCAACCAUUAUAUUUGGCCUCAGCUUCACAAACCUCUUCCCUGGCUGUGUUUCGCAAGGCCCUUUCUACGAAGUCGUGAGUUCAACCAAUACGAAGUUAAAGGUUGGUGAAACAUUUUUUCGAGUUCUCUGCGUGACACAGUUCUUCUGGGUAAAAGGAACAUCUGAAUGUUCUCGAAGGUGGAACUUAUGACCAUUCGUUUGGAACUUAAAAUACUCUCCUCUGUUAUUUUCCCCUGCGUGUUGAGUUUGGAGUUUUUUUGUGGACCACCAGCGGAAAGGGGCUCUCCGAUUCAGUCUCCAGUUUGUUUGCAUAUCGUCUUAACUAAUAAGUAAAGACUUUUUGUAGUCUUACUUUAAGCAUUAUUUUCUCUUUUUUUAGCUCCAGCCAAGAUCAUGGCUUACGAAUGGGUUCACGUGUGGUUGAAUUUUGUAGAGAGGAACAUUAUUUAUCCCGCUGUAUUUUUGAGUGCACUGACAUCAAAUGCUAGCCGAUUAAUUGACAAGUUUGGCCACUUGUAAGUACACGGUUGUGUUUUUGUGUGCAAGGAAGCUCAUUUUGCCAUUCAAUUUCACUUGAUAGGGUCAUAAAACAUUAAGGGUAAGUUCCCCCAAACAUUUACCUUGGUUGUAAAAAAAAAAAUUAUCCUCGCAAGACAUUUUUCAUAUUCAGCGUCAAAUUCUUAUAAUGGUAUUUGAACGCCCUUCUUUAAGAGCAGGAAUCUUUCAAAAAAUCCGAUUUGGAACAUUCCUGAACUAAGGGAACAAUACUUUGUUUUCUUGAUUUUUUCUGUAGUGGAGGGCCAGUAGUCAUAUGUAUCGUGGGUUUGAAGCUGUUGCGCUGCUCGUUCUCAGACUCCUCUAGGCAGCAUGUGGUGUUGCUAUGGACAGUUCUCUUCUUUCACUUUGACUACAGUCACAGCUCGGAGACUUUUGUUGUGGACUAUUUCUUUAUGUCAAUAUUCAUGAGUAAGGUAAAUGUAAGAGUAAGAUAGAAACUAAUAUGCACAAUAAUGCAAAGUAUUGAGUAACAAGACGUAAAAAAGUUUAGCAAAAGCAAUAAGUUGGCGAUAAAAUUGCUUCUCAGCGAGAGAAGUUGGAGCAAUUUCAAUUGAGUGAUCCGUGAUUCCGAGAUGGCAAUGAAUCUCCUUUACUUCCCUCUGUAAUAAUUUCACUCCAUCAAUCAGUCAGAUGCAAUAAUGAAACCAAUCACGACUUGGUCGGCGGCGUUUUCCCGCACUUUGGCAGUUUCGUUGUUUUUACUUUGAAUUCUCAUUAGCCCUUAAAGGUAUUUAUUUUCUUCUGAUUGGCCGUUGACUUUGGUUUUGUGACACUCAACCGAAAAGUGAUCUCAAAUGACAUUAAUAAUCAUUUAUUAUUGUUAUUAUUAUAAUUAAUAACAUCAUUUUGUUUCUCUUUCAGUUGUAUGAACUUGUCUUAAAGGUCCGAUUCGUGGUGACGUACAUAGCUCCAUGGCAGAUCACGUGGGGCUCUGCUUUUCAUGCAUUCGCACAACCCUUCAGUGUUCCUCGUAUCCUUUUCUAGUGGUAAUCAAAUAGUGCAAUGAAUACUGAGUUGGGUCUCAGAAAGGACACAUCCUUCUUUCCCUUUUUCCUUGGAGAAUUUUAAUUUAGAGUGUUGACUCUCGAAAGAGAGGAAAGCAAAGAUUUGGAAGAGAAAGCCUUGGUACGAGAACCAGCUUUCAGCGGUGAGACGCGAACGCUCUUAGCACCUUUUUAUCCCUGAUCUCCGAGUUCAAAACAAAAAUACCUUUGAUUUUGUCUUUUCAGUCCCAGCUGUUUAUGAAGUGGAAUGUUAGUUUUGAUAUAGUCAGUAAUAAAGUGUAAUGGGUUUGAAACCGCACUUGUUCCUUUGUUACACUUAAGUGUAAAGUUUUCUUGGGCAUAACCGAGCUAAGCGGUCAAUGUUCUCCUAAAUGACCAGUGGAAACUUUUUAGUCAUGUAUUUAGUCACAGUGUGUGAAAUCGUCAACAGAAGAUUGUGUUCGUUCAUGAAGCACAUACAUGCACCACCCUUUCUUUUAUUACCAUUUUUUGCCGGCUAUCCUCACUAGUCACUGUUGCUGUUUCGAUGCUUCCUUGACAUAUUUCCCCUCAGACUCCGCCAUGCUGUUUUUCCAAGCUGUAUUGUCGUCUGUGCUGUCUGCUCCAUUGAACCCUUUCCUGGGUAGCGCUAUAUUCAUUACGUCAUACGUGCGGCCUGUCAAAUUCUGGGAGAAGGACUACAAGUAAGUAGCACGAAAGGUAUCCCUUAUGUUAAGCUUAGUUCGCGUCGCUGAGCUUUGUCAACAGCUUUCUCGACUCAGCAACACUGACGUUACAUAGAAGACAUUUUAACUCGGUAACUCCUCAACUCGAUAGCUGGAUUGACAGAUUUUUCUCCACCAACAUGGUACGGAUAAAUGCAUACAAUUAACACCAAAACGUUCCUCGUCUUAAUCGAAUAGUUAUUUCAAUAACAUUUUGGAAACUAUGCGUUUAUCGUAAUUUUCAAUUCGUAUAUAGUAAGUACAAUUCUGUCUUUCAGCCGUAGAUUUACAUAUGGUUUUUAAAGAUACAAGGAGUUAGUGUAUUAAACUAUUUUAAUGUCUCUCUUGUAUUUAGCACUAGUCGAGUGGAUCAUUCUAACACACGCCUCUCCUCGCAGCUCGACAGAAAUCCUGGUAAGUUUGUUUUUGUUUCAUGUAUUCCUUCUUUGUCCUGUUCAGUAGGGUUGCCCAGAGCCUUCAAGUUUAUUGACCAACAGCAGUUGGUCACGUGGAGGAUAUAUGAGAGAGUGGCAUUUCGCUUUCAUCUUGAGAACCACAAAUUAUCGUAUCCAAUUGGGUCCUUCCCUGUAAUGGUGCUUAACACGAACAACCACUAUCUCUCAGUUUAUCUCAGAUUCCACAAGCUGAAGUACCUAGUGUAACAAACUUCAGAUACUCCCACACCCGAUAGGCUCAACAAUCACCGUUCAGGGAGCUUAUGAUUUCCUGUUGCAUUACCUUUCCAAACGAGAAAAUCAAAGCUGGUUUUAUCAUAAUUCAACACUGGGAGGAAUGCUGGGUCAACGCGUGGAAGAAUAGUUUUGACUCCUAUCGAAGUGUUGGAAAUUGUUCCUAUUAUUUUUAUACUUAAACAGGUUGUUAAUGAAGUAGAAAAAUGACUGUCAUAAACGUAGACAAAAUUGUGAAAUGGCCCAACGACUUAGUAUGACUUUCAUUAGGACGCGCUCGUAAGAAUAUACGUAUGUAAAAAUAAUAGAUAACUAUCAUUGAUUUGACGCUGAAACGAUUUCCAACGUCUUCUUUUCUCGAAAUUCAGGAAGUGACGACAACAAUCUCAACUCUAUAUUCUACGAACAUCUAACAAGGUCCCUGCAGCACAGCCUGUGUGGGGACCUUAUGAUGGGCCGUUGGGGGCCGUUUUCUACAGGGGACUGUUUCAUGUUAGCUUCAGACUACCUCAAUGCUCUGGUUCACGUCAUAGAGGUUGGAAAUGGCCUUGUUACCUUUCAGGUUCGAGGGUUGGAGUUUAGAGGUAAGAAUUGCAUUCUUUACGACAGCCCCCCUAUGGCAAAUUGUGAAAGAGAAUCUCAGUCAUAUUAUUAACUUUCUUAUAUGGGGAACAAACAAGCAAGUUGUUUUUACGAAAUUUCCUAGUUUGAUAGAUUCUUGUGAAAAUAGGAUUACGAGGUAAAAUUCCAUUGUAAGCACAAUGCAUAAAGAAACUCACGAAAUUUUUAUCUCAAUUUUAGUUCUGAAUGUUUUCCUUUUCUUUACUAAAUCUCUUAUUAUUGCCUCAGCCCUGUUUUGAUAAUAGAUGAAUAUUCAGGAACAUUGUCAAAUCUAAACCUUCAUUUUUUGAACUUUAGGCACAUACUGUCAGCAGCGAGAAGUUGAAGCUAUCACCGAAGGAGUCGAAGAUGAUGAUGGUUUGUUUCUGAAUUUGCAGAUUUUUAGUGAAAUUUAAUGCAGCAACAACUUUCUUUUAACCUUGAGCCUCUUAUUUUCGUUUGACUUUGUCUGAGUGAUAGAAAAACUUUGGAAGUAUAUUUGCCUCAUCUUCACACCCGGCCUUCGGGCAGACUCACAGAAUUUUUUGCCAUGCCAUAGAUCUACAAUACACGAAGAAAACUCUUUUCAUAAGAAUUCACGUUCUUUCCAGUUUUUCCUCAUGUGCACGCACCAAUUGUACAUGUCUCUUAUUCAUUUACUUGUUCCCAGGUUGCUGUUGCUGUGAGCCGGGCCAUCUUCCCAACAUGCUUUCUCUGAAUGCGGCGUUUGGUCAGCGGUGGUUAGCUUGGGAAGUAAGCGCGACCAAGUAUAUCAUCGAAGGUUACAGUAUCAGUGACAACUCAGCAGCAUCUAUGUUACAAGUGUUUGAUCUGCGAAAGAUACUCGUCACUUAUUAUGUGAAGGUAUGUUAAUACUUUUAUUUUUCAUCUGUGAAAACGCUGUUUCUUUAUCAAUAUUUGAAAAUUGCUUCAUGUUGAAAGAUGAAAUGUUUUAUGCAAACAACUAGAUGAUAGUUGAUUUGAAGGGCAACUGGUUUUUCUCCACCUUUUGUCGCAAAGUUUCUUUCAAGAACGUGUAAUCGUGAAAUUUGCCUUAAAAACGUAAAGAGCAUUAAUUGGUGUGUAUCCACUAAAUGACUAAAUUAAGCUUUAGGUCUCCUGAAUUUAACACACACAACUUAACUACUGAAAACAUGGCAGCUAACCUUUCAAAGCUUUUUGAAAUUGUAAAAACCGGUCUGCUAACCCAAGCAGUAACAGUUCACCAAUUUCUGCAAGUUACAAAGUGGUCUAAAUCUCCAUGCGAGAUUGAUACUCAGCUUAUCCUGAGCUUAUCCCUGGUCUUUGGAUUGUAGCUUAAUGCAAGUCCUCCCCACCCCUUCUCCUUGGCAUUUCAUCAGGUUUCACCAAAACAGUACCCCUUCAUACUCCUGAAUGGAGUGAGGCGCUGUGAGAGUUAAGCGUUUUGCCCAAGAACACAAUAUAAUCGCCCUUUUAUGUAAUGUCCAAAGUGCCAAAGAUUGAGCUAGACGUCUUCAUUGAAUACAGUAAAAUAGUGACAUCAAAUACCUGGUGUUUUCCCUCUACAGUCGGUGAUAUUCUACACAAUUAAGUCACCAAAGCUGGAUCAUUGGUUACGUGACGAGACCUUACGUGAGCAGUUGAUGUCUGUUCAUGACCCGCAGUAUGUGGAUGUUGAUCGAUCUUUCUAUCAUAAUAUUGACGAAGAUUACGAUCUGCGACAGAGCGGCAUCUCUAGAACCAGCUUUCUCACUUGUUACUAUUCUUGGAUUCAGUACUGUGCCUCACGUAAGGAUCCGGUGAGGAAAUGUUAACAGUUCAAUCUCAGAUUAUUAAUAAUUGCAAGCAUUACACGAGACCUUUAAAAACAUUUGGUCAUCUGACCAAUGAGGGUGACUUUUCCACUGGAGUUGUAUUAUAUGAAUCCAAUAAAUAGAAAUAUUAUGUCGUUGGUGAUGUGAAUGCAACUUUCUAGGUGACUGCCACAGAAAGUCAUUAUUUCAUAACUAGGUAAGAACUAGGCAAUUUAGUACUCUCCUUGAAAAGCGAGAACUGUUUGCCGCCCCCCCCUCCAGUGAAAUUUUUCCAUAAUUACGUGCCACAAAAAUAAGUCAGAUUCUUAUAUUUAUUAGAUAAAGAAUAAGGUAGGGUGAAAACAUUAGGAUGGAAAAUUCCUGACUUGGAAGAAGCAAGAGAAAACACGUGCAGCAAUUCUGCUGAACGCUCUCACACAAGUCCUCCUAAUUUGUGAUGUCCGCAAUAUGAGCUCGAGGGUUUGACUGAGGGUGUAUUGAAAGCCACCUUUUCACUGCUAACAUAACUAUAUUCUGAAACCGGCGGAGGCUUUGUUUGUUCAAAAAAGGGGGCCGGUGACGAGUUUUAGGCACAGGUUUAUCCAGUUUGAUCAUCAUAUUGUCUUUUUGUUUUUGGUUUCAGCCGGUUGAGUGUGAGAGAGAUUCUUUUCUAGCAACUCUUUGUUUUGCGCUGUGUCUCCUGGGAAGAAGAGCAUUAGGGACUGCUUCACAUCCACAGUCUGCCAGGUUUGUUAAUGCAGAGCGUGACUUUCAAAUUAGAGUUAGGUUGACUAAAAAAGUUGUCGUGAACGAUUUUAAGAGUUAAGAUACUCGGUAGAACCUCAUUAAUUUUUGGCCGCCAUUUCCACUGACGAACAUUUUUCAGAUUUCUCUCGUCAGCUCACUCGAUUUACGCGGCAGUUUUUUAAAUGAAUUUGACAUGUCUGUAGCAACGAAAUACCUGCUGGGGUUAAAGACCUGAUGAGUGUUGGGCUCGGUCGUAGAGGAGAGAAAGGUGUUAUUCUUUUCUUUCACUAGCUCGGAAGAAGAAAAAGUAUGAGUCGAUCCGCACUGCGUCCUUUCGAAGAUACGGAGUUUUGUUCAUUCGGUAAAUUAUUAUUAACGUUCGUGAAAAUAAACUUCGAAAAUGCGAGAUAAGUGAUUCCCUUCUGGGCGAUCAAAAAAAAUGAAUUUCAAGUCGCCAAACAGAAACGUGACAAAAGAAACCUGAUGAUUAUCAUUGUGCGGAUGUAUAAAGCAAAUCUCGUAACAGACAUUUAAUUGAGAAACGUGUAAUAAUAACUAAGAAGAUAAGAGGAUUUCAUCAUUAUUUAACUGCCUCUCACUUUUCAACCAGCCUGGAAUCAUUUUUGUACGGUCUACACGCCCUGUUUAAAGGAGAUUUUCGAAUCACUGACGCCAAGGAUGAAUGGGUGUUUGCUGACAUGGAUCUGUUACGAAAAAUUGUUGCACCUGGAGUGCGCAUGUCACUAAAACUGCACCAGGUAAGAAGUAAUGAGAUAUUAAAGGCUCAACUAGAAUAUUGUUGCGCAUAAAAAAUUGAUAGUGCGCUUGGAUGGUUAAAAUAUUUAGUUAAUUGAAAGACAAGGCAGACGAAUUUAAAAAACUUUAACACAGAAAUUUUUUUCUUUUCAAAUCGGGAAAUGUAAACAAGAAAUUCUUUUACUCUGACCGCAACUUUUCGAGAUUCUUACUACGCUGGUUACUUUUCCGUAGUUUCCCUUGUCACGAUAUUUUUAAGGAAAUGUGAAGACCAGUACUUUGAUAGUGAGGUUACAUUCCUCUCUUGCUACAAACAUCACCCCUAUUUUACAAUGUACUCUCUGAGGGAAAUACGCCACACAUUCAAAUCAUUUUUACAUUUUUAAAACAAAAUAACCCGUUAUGUUUUUACUCUCGUCUUUCAGGAUCACUUUACCUCUCCAGACGAGUACGACGAACUUUCAGUUUUAUACGAUGCCAUAACAGCUCACGAACAAAACAUGGUCAUUUCACAUGAAGGAGAUCCAAAAUGGAGACAGGCCGUGCUUGCUAAUACUCAGUCCUUGUUGGCGCUCAGGUCAGCUUUUAAAUAGAAGCGCGUUCAUAGGGCGCUGACUAGUAAAAGAUGGACGAACACACCGGCUAAUUAAGUGGAGACUUCAAUUUCUUUUUCAUUUAAUAAUGCUAUCAGAAUAACGUAAUGACAGAUCGUGUUGGACAGUUUUGAUUUAUAAAGGAAAUUUUCUUCAUGACAUGAGCGGUCUGGCCGUCCACUUCAUUUGGGAGUUCGGGAGUUUAAGGUGUCUCUUCGGCGACGUGUGGUUACUUAUUUUCCUGUAAUCCUUUCGCUAAUAGCUCGAUACGUUAAUCGUUUCUGACGCUUCGACAUCUUCACUGCGGCACAACAUGUGACUGUAGUAUUGAGUUCAAAGUGAAAACUUGACUAAAUUUCUGCCGAGGUUUAUUUAGAUCUUAUCUUUUGCUACGUUCUUGUUGCCGCCGUCGUCAUCGUUGUCUUAACGUCCUUAACUGAAUCGGAACGGUGUCGAUCUCGGGAAAUCUGUACUUCCUGGAACAAAUAAUAUCUGCGGACAAAUUCCCGAGCAAAUUUUCGUGGCAAGUGGAUGCUGUUGUUCAGUCAGCUUAUCGUAAUUCCCUCAAGUUAUUUUAACUGUAGGGCAUCACCUUCAGAAUCAUUAGUGAUUCGAAUUUCAAUUAAAUAAGUGUAUGACGACUGAAUUUUAUAGGAAAUAAGACGUUUUGAAACAGUUGGCUCCAUUAGCGGUAAUAUUUCGUCAAUGUUUUGUAAGAGGAAGGCGAAGACACUCGAGACACUUUUCUUUCCUCAGGCAUGUGUUUGAUGAUGGAACAGACGAGUACAAGAUUAUCAUGCUCAACAAGAGAUAUUUAAGUUUUAGAGUAAUUAAAGUGAGUAUUGGAGUAAUUCUUCUACUUGAAUAUAACUGUAGGAAAUGGAAACUCUACCCAUCUCUUAAUGAUUAAAUACUUCAUAUUUUGGUGCCAAACGCACAAAAAUGAAAAGGGAAAAUAUUUAGGAAAACGAAGUACAACAAUAAUGGAUUUACAUGUGCCUUUUAAAAACUGGUCGAAGAUAUAGCUGGUAGUCUUAACUUGUGGCAGUGCUUAACCCUUUACACCCUAACAUCACUAUGCAUAUUCUCCAUACUGUUCUGUAUAUAUUUCCUAAGGUGCUGACAAGGAGAAUUUGAUCAGCAAUCAAGAGCUUCAUGACUUGGUGAUCAUUUCCUUCGUUGUCGUGAUCCUUAUGUGUGACUCGGGGUGAUAUUGAAAGGACAAUUAGAUAUUAUUCUCUUCUAGAAGUCAAAUGGUUCAAUGCUAUUUUUUCCCCUUGCCUUGUAGGUCAAUCGCGAGUGUGUUCGAGGUUUGUGGGCAGGACAACUUCAAGAACUGAUCUUCCUCAGGAAUCGGAAUCCAGAGCGUGGCUCGAUUCAGAACGCUAAACAAGCGCUGAGGAACAUUAUUAAUUCAGUGUGUGAUCAGCCAAUAGGAUAUCCAAUAUAUGUGUCACCACUAACAACAUCAUAUGCGGACUCAAACCCACAACUAGCUAAAGUUGUUGGAGGUCCUUUGAGUUUCAAUGGCAUUGCUGGUUGUCUCGGCCGUCUGUGGCAUCGUAUACGCAUGCGUUGUGGCGCCACUUGUCAAAGCGGUGGAGACAUCACGGGUGCAAAUGUGCCGGAAGUUUCUAUUGGGCCAACUUUUACGGAACGUUGUACGAGCUUCCGUGAGGGCCCCGUGUACAUUAGUACCCGAGGAUCGACGCCAAGUUCCUCAUUUAAUCGGGGGCAACAGGGGUUCCGAACAAGUCAAAGAUCUACGGCGAGCUCGGGCUCUAAGAGACCUAGUACAUUAUCCGUGAGCAUAGCUCAGCACCAAAUGCCUCAGCUCCAGAGUCCCGGGGCUGCAUCCGCGGAGGGCCUGACACAACGUGUACGGAUUAUUGACCGCGGGCAGGUUUAUGAUAGCAUUAACCUGGGGCGGAGAAUUGAUGUUCAGUGGCCCUCAGAACUUAUGAGGGAACACGGAGGAAGAUCUUAUUGGAAGGACUGGAACCCAGUGGAAGGUGUUGAGGGGAUUGUGGUACAUCGAUGGACACCGUGCCACAGGGACCCUGCGCGAAGAAGCCAUGUUGAUCGGCCUAUUGUAUUGGUUAAGAUUGAUGACAAGUUUGUACCGAUAGCCGAAGCGGGAGUCGUGGACGCUGGAAUAGAAGUGUAG